AAAAAAAGGUGAAAUCGCAAUGAUUUGGGAUGGAAGCUUGAUAAAGCACUUGAAUUAAGCAGUUCUGCAAGGGGAGGAGCUUGCCCGUGAACCCCAGUCAGUCCCAAUUGAGCUCGCAGCAGAAGGAAACGUACAGCGCCAUGGUUGAAAAGCCAAUUGUAGGGGACACUGUUGCCUUGGCCCAAAAUAUGCUCCAGCAAUGUCAUGCUCCAAGAGUUUCUCUGCGGUGAUUGUCACACUGUCUGAAGGGAAAUCUUUCGAUAGCCCAGGUAUAAAGGAUCCUUUGCGUGGGGCGGACGGAGGCUCACGUCCCUAGCUGGACUGCCAAGUCCAAAAUAGCGGGACCACCCCAGUGUGUUUGAUCGCCUUCCAGAGAGUAAAGCAGAUUCAGAGUCAGACAUCCCCGGUUCUGUAAGCCAUGGCUCUGCCGCGUCACCAGUUUCUCCAUGGAGCUGUGAACUGGGAUGGAGAGCACUUGAGUCCCGUCCAGGUUCCUCAUGUCAGCGCGUGCCCAUUCACCGCUUCAGGUCGAAAAGAGGACCCCUUCUAUUUUACUCUGGACCCGACAGGGCAAGCCAGGCAGCCUCUCGACAUCUCCUCCAUCAGCAGAUUCGUGACAGAUAUGGGCUCUCUGAAUGGUACGGACAACCAUCGCCCAGAACCGUCUUUUUACUCCGGACACAAACUCUUAUCACUUAAUACCGACAUGGAUCCAGACAGCCCGACGCAGUCUUCCCACUCAGACUCUCAACAGUUACCCAGUCAGUCUUUCUCCACGCCAUCGUGGUCAGAAACUGACAAUAAGCCUGAUACUGCUCAUUAUUUAGCGAUGGAAAGCACUAAAUACCCAAGUCAGUGGACUGAAAGCAGAACCAGCAGGAGCAUCAUCACCACCACACUACGCAUCAGUCAGAGAAGUAGAGACGACAUAGAGCCGAAUAAUCUCCAGACAGACUUUACCGAGCGCGAUAAAACUAACAAAGAGAAGACUCAAGACGUGACUUUAGAAAACGCUGCAAAUGGCUGGCUGUCGGCGAAAGCAGGGAGGAAGAAGCGAUGUCCUUACAGCAAAUACCAACUCUUAGAGCUGGAAAAAGAAUUCCUCUUCAACAUGUACCUGACUCGCGAGCGCCGCCUGGAGAUUAGCCGGAGCAUAAACCUCACCGACCGCCAGGUUAAGAUCUGGUUUCAGAAUCGCAGGAUGAAAAUGAAAAGAAUGACUCGAGAACACCGGACAAGGGACCCUGGCGCAAGUUUCACUGUCUAAUAUGUUAUGUAAGACGGUUAAAAAGAGCGCACAAAUCAUUGCAGCUAUCAUUCGUUGCAAGUGGAAUGAUGCAACUGCUACUUCUGAUGGAUUAACGGGAGGAAGUGAUCAGUCAAAACUUACUACGGUGUUUCACAACAAUGCGUGUUCCAUAAGGCAAAUGUAAGGGAGAUCAAUUUAAAACCUCGCAUGAAGAACAAAAAAGUGUAAAGAAAUAAGGAAAGACGUCUUUGGCCAUUUUGUGUAAGCUUGUCAUAUUCACGUAGGCCUGGUCAAAGUUUAUUGGUGUCGUUUAAGUUCUGGCCUGCUUUUUAACGACCUUAUGUUUUGUAAUUUUCGAUAGGCUAUCUUUAAUUUUAAUUUUAUUACAGGUUAUAAGUGUUACACCGGUUGUUUUCUUCUUUAGACAGAAGCCUAGCUAUAACUAAGAAUAGUUGCGGACACACUCGAGUAAACAAAACUCAAAGGGAUUCCGUUGUCAGAGGAGCUGUUACAUCAAGCACAGGUAGCUACUGUUGUUUUGUUUUUAAUGAUGUUUGUUGUCUAGUCGUUAGAUUGGCUCGAGUGAAAAGGCACAAAUGCUCUUCUUCUUUUGAAGCAUGGUUGACUUUACCUAAACUGUGAUACUUAAAAUUGCUGUGUUUUGAAAAGCUGUGCAUUUUAAAUAAAAGAUUGCCUUACGAUGA